AGAGCUCACAACAGCAAAAGAAGAAGAAGAAACGAUAUGGCACUUUCUCAGACACGCAAGCUACUUUUAGCACUCGUGACUACUGCAUACGUUUUCUCCGGGACGGCUCAGGCAUGGAGCUGGAGUUGGAGUUCUGACGAGUCCGGUUCGAACUGGAGCUGGGGGUGGGGAUCCGACAACUCUGGCGGAGGCUCGAGUUCAGGUGGUUCAGACUCGAACUCAGGUGAUAAUGGUUCAAGCUGGGGUUGGGGGUGGAGUUCGGACGGAACAGAUACACACUGGAGUUGGGGAAGCAGCUCCGGCUCAAACCACUCAAGCGGCACUGGCUCUACACACAACAGCCACCACAACCAGACGGUCCCAUCAAACCACUCAAGCGGUACUGGUUCUACACACAACAACCACACGGCACCAUCAAACCACUCAGGUGGCACUGGCUCUACAAGCAACAACAGCCACCACAACCACACGGCCGCUCCAAUAUCGCAUAGAAGAAAGAUUGAGGUUACUGUGUGGAAAAGCGGAUUCGAUUACCAAGAAUGGGCUUCAAAGCAUGCGCCUUUCUACGUCAACGAUGUCCUUGUUGUCAAGUACAACAAUAACAAUAAUGAUCGAACCAAAUCCAAGACCAAGCACAGCAACAAGAACGAUGUCUAUUUGCUCCCAGACUCGAGGAGCUACAAGAGAUGCGAUGUGAACAGAGGCAAGAAGCUAGUCGCACGAGGAUCAUCAAAAUCCUCAUUAGGGUUCAAGUUGCUUCUCCGCAAGACUCAGACUUACUACUUGGCCAGUGGUGACCACAACGGCUGCAACCACAACAUGAAGUUCUCUGUUUCCCCUGUUCCCCGCCCUUCUUCACACACUAAACCAUAAAUACACUUCACUACUUGGUUUCCUUUUCUUUUAACUUCUGGUUUGUUUUGAAGUAGUAUUUCUAUUAAUUAAUCUAAUGUUAUAUGACUCGUUUAAUGUUU